AUGUUUCUUGUUGUUGUUGUUUCUUCUUCUUGUUUCUUCUUCUUCUUUUCUUUCAUGUUUCUUCUUCUUCUUGUUUCUUCUUCUUCUUUUCCUUCAUGUUUAUUCUUCUUCUUGUUUCUUCUUCUUCUUUUCCUUCAUGUUUCUUCUUCUUCUUGUUUCUUCUUCUUCUUUUCCUUCAUGUUUCUUCUUCUUCUUGUUUCUUCUUCUUUUCCUUCAUGUUUCUUCUUCUUCUUGUUUCUUCUUCUUUUCCUUCAUGUUUCUUCUUCUUCUUGUUUCUUCUUCUUUUCCUUCAUGUUUCUUCUUCUUCUUGUUUCUUCUUCUUUUCCUUUUUUCUUUUCUUCUUCUUGUUUCUUCUUCUUCUUUUCCUUCAUGUUUCUUCUUCUUCUUGUUUCUUCUUCUUUCUUCUUGUUUCUUCUUCUUCUUGUUUCUUCUUCUUUUCUUCUUGUUUCUUCUUCUUCUUGUUUCUUCUUUCUUCUUGUUGUUUCUUCUUCUUGUUUCUUCUUCUUCUUGUUUCUUCUUCUUCUUGUUUCUUCUUCUUCUUGUUUCUUCUUGUUUCUUCUUCUUGUUUCUUCUUCUUCUUGCUUCCUUCUUGUUUCUUCUUCUUCUUGUUUCUUCUUCUUUUCCUUCUUGUUUCUUCUUCUUCUUGUUUCUUCUUUUCCUUCAUGUUUCUUCUUCUUCUUGUUUCUUCUUCUUCUUUUCCUUCAUGUUGUUUCUUCUUCUUGUUUCUUCUUCUUCUUUCUUCUUGUUUCUUCUUGUUGUUUCUUCUUCUACUUCUUGUUUCUUCUUUUUGUUGUUUCUUCUGCUUCUUUUCCUUCAUGUUUCUUCUUUUCUUGUUUUUCUUCUUCUUCUUUUCCUUCAUGUUUCUUCUUCUUCUUGUUUCUUCUUCUUCUUUUCCUUCAUGUUUCUUCUUCUUCUUGUUUCUUCUUCUUUUCCUUCAUGUUUCUUCUUCUUCUUGUUUCUUCUUCUUGUUUCUUUUUAUUCUUCUCCUCUUACUCUCCUCCUGAGAGCCCGCCACUUCCUUACUCUCCAAUAUUUCCUUUAAUCUCUUUCUCUCCACUUCCCACGUUGCCUACAGAAGUUCAGGGCGUGUAUUUACUGGUAAGAGAUCUAACGAAGCCAGAUCGACGUAAACUUUCAAUCUAUCUAUCUAUCUAUCUAUCUAUCUAUCUAUCUAUCUAUCUAUCUAUCUAUCAUACUUUCUCUCACUCUCUAUUUUCUCUUGCUUUCCCGUUUCUUCUUUAUACUUUCGUUUUUCUUUUUUUUAAUUUUGAUUUAAUUUUUCCUCUUCUUUUCGCCUCUCUUUUCUCCCUUUCACUUUUUCAUGUUUUCCUUCGUUGUUUUCUUCUUUUCAUUUUUCUUCUACAACUUCAGUUAUUCGUGGUUUUGCGAAGAACGACUAAGAAUGGAGGCAGAAUUCCACCGCCAAAAUGCCAACCGCUGAACUCCAUCCCCACCUUCUUUUGUCUGCACAAAACCUCGGCGAGGAUGUAUAAACAAAUUCCUUCUUUCGCCUUUAUUUCAACGAACUUGUAUAAUCAUUACUCCCCUCUCUCUCUCUCUCUCUCUCUCUCUCUCUCUCUCUCUCUCUCACUCACUCUCUAA